AUGGGAACGAUGGAGAAUGAAACAGGUUGUGGUCUAUAUUUGUAAACAUUUUCGCAGUUACGGAAGCAAUUUGAGCAACAUAUUAAAAGAGAACAACGAAUCUUUCUCACUAGUAUUUGACCAAAAUUUCUUCCUGCAUAUUUUGUUAAAUGGGGCCACCUAUAUAGAGGGCUCCUGCGCCGAGCAACUAGCUAGCUCCUGCGGCCACCGACACUCUGCUGACGCACUACUCCCGGUGCACUUCAACCCGUUGACGGACCGCAUCCAGGCCUAUUCCGGCCAUCUACGCAAUGCAUCAGGGCUGUUUUCGACGACUGACGUCCUGCCUCUGCGCCGCGUCCAAGUGAUCCCUCGCAGAUGGUCUUGGCCAACAGGAACCUUUAGCUUUUCUGAAAUUAUUUUGUUAAAUGGGGCCACCUAUAUAGAGGGCUCCUGCGCCGAGCAACUAGCUAGCUCCUGCGGCCACCGACACUCUGCUGACGCACUACUCCCGGUGCACUUCAACCCGUUGACGGACCGCAUCCAGGCCUAUUCCGGCCAUCUACGCAAUGCAUCAGGGCUGUUUUCGACGACUGACGUCCUGCCUCUGCGCCGCGUCCAAGUGAUCCCUCGCAGAUGGUCUUGGCCAACAGGAACCUUUAGCUUUUCUGAUAUUGUAAAAAUCAAUUAAUUAAUUUAUCUAAAA